ACAAACUGCUUAAAUCAAAAGAAGCUUGCUUUUCCAACAACUUCAUCGGUUAACAAUAUCAAUUGAUCGAAUAUAUUAUAAGGAUUGAGGUGAAAUCAUGGAGAAAAUCGAUUUAUUUACCAACUCAAGGUCUGUUCAAGGUGCAUAUGACAAGAUUGUAAGAGGUGAACCAUCAACGACAUACGUUGUGUAUUCAGUUGAUAAAAACGGUGCUUUGGAAGUUACUGAAACCGGAGAUGGUUCUUUAGAAGAGUUUGUGGAGAACUUCGAUGAUGGGAAGAUUCAAUUUGGUUUAUGCAGGGUUACUGUUCCUGGUUCCGAUGUUUCCAAAAUAUUAUCAUUAGGUUGGUGUCCUGAUAAUGCUCCUUCUAAAUCUCGUUUAUCAUUUGCUUCUAAUUUCGCUGAAGUAUCGAAAGUAUUGAGUGGAUAUCAUAUCCAGAUUACUGCUAGGGAUCAAGACGACUUGGACGUUGAUGAUUUCUUACAAAGAGUCGGUGCUGCCCUGGGUGCCAGAUACUCUAUUCAAACUGCUGGUGGGGCAACAUUUAGUAAAAAACCUGCUCCUGUCAAACCAAUACAAUCUAAACAGCUGAGUGCUUCUGCUUCAAAGCCUUCAUUCAUUCCAAAAUCUACCGGGAAACCAAUUGUUCCAAAACCUUUUGGUCUUGGAUCGAAUUCAAAACCUUCCCAAGAUGAUGACGAUGAAUGGGGUGGUGAAAAGGAAAUCGAGGAAAGAGACUUGACUCAAAAACCAUUGGAAAAUGUUCCUUCGGCUUACAAACCAACUAAAGUUGAUAUCAACGAAUUAAGAAAACAAAAAUCCGAUACCGUUUCCUCGAAAGCAAAACCUUCUAUCCCCAAAGAUGAACCUGUUUCAAAGCCCGAACCAGAAGUAGACUCCGAACCAAAAUCUAUGGCUGAUAGAAUGAAGAAUUAUAAGUCCAAUGACUCUCCUUCCUCAAUUGGAGGGUCUGAUGGUAGAUUGACUUCAUUACCAAAGCCCAAAGUAAACAAUUCAGUUGCAUCUCGUUUCACUGCUGCUGCUAACUCUGAGUCAUCUGGUGCACCAGCUUUUGGUGCUAAACCAAACUUUGGCAAUCAAAACUCUUCUAAAAAAGAUGUUGUUGGUGGUGCUUCCAGAAAUUUUGCCAAUCUGGGUGGUAAGAGUCCUGCUCAACUUUGGGCUGAAAAGAGAGGCCAAUAUAAAACAGUUGAGUCGGAAGAUGAACCAGUUAAGCCUACUACGUCUGGAAGUAACGAAUUAGCUGAAAAAUUCAACAAAUUGAAUGUUGAUAAAGAAGAGGAAGAAGAAGAAGAAGAAGAAGAAGAAGAAGAAGAACCUGCUCCUGCCCCUACUCCUUCGUUACCUGCUCGUAACUUGCCUCCUCCUCCUGUAAGACAAGUUCCUGCUUCACCACCUGCACAAGAGCAUGAAGAGGAAGAAGAGGAAGAGGAAGAAAAGACACCAGCUGCUCCUUCAUUACCAACCCGUAACUUACCCCCUCCUCCAGUUAGACAAGUUCCUGCUGCUCCAGCAGAGCCAGAAGAAGAAGACGAAGAAGAAGACGAAGACGAACCGAUCCCAGCACCAGCCGCUCCUUCGUUACCUUCUAGAUCUACUGCUGCACCAGAAAAAACCGGUGAAACUGCAAUUGCAGAAUACGACUAUGAAAAAGAUGAAGAUAAUGAAAUUGGAUUUGCAGAAGGUGACUUGAUCAUUGAUAUCGAAUUUGUUGACGAAGAUUGGUGGUCCGGUAAGCAUUCUGCUUCUGGAGAGGUCGGUUUAUUCCCUGCUUCUUACGUUUCAUUACAAAAAGGAGAAUCGACUACUUCUAAUACUAGUGCUGCUGCUCCUCCUGCACCAUCUUCUGCACCAACUGAAUCUUCUGGUCAAUCUGGACCACAAGCAAUUGCCGAAUAUGAUUAUGAAAAAGAUGAAGACAACGAAAUUGGAUUUGCAGAAGGUGAUAUAAUCAUCGAUAUCGAGUUUGUUGAUGAGGAUUGGUGGUCUGGUAAACACUCCAAAUCUGGGGAAAUUGGUUUAUUCCCAGCAAACUACGUCAAAUUGAACAAUUAAGCAGACAAUUUUAUCUCUGGCCGCUACAUCAUCUCGAUGUAGAAAAAUAUAUACUUUUCUUGCUUUUAUUUUUAUUUAGACAAAAAAAAAAACAAAUUCUUCAAUGUAUG